GUUCCAGAAUAAAUCGGUCACUUAGUAUUUUGCUCAUAUCUUAGUUGAAUUGUAUCCCCUAAGCUUUGUUGUUUUCUUAAAAGAUGUGCCGUAAAAUUCUCUACAAAAAAUAUAUUAAACAUUUUUCGGUUUCGUGAAGGUCGCGAAGAAGUUGAAGAUGAAGCACGACCUGGCAGACCAGUCACCGAAACAACAACUGAAAAUAUUGAACAAAUCCGUCGUCUUAUCGAUGAUGAUCCUUUUAGUACAAUUGAAGAAUUGCAGGAACAAACUGGCUUAAGCCUUGAUCAAGGUUCAAAAAAACAUUCAAUCUGUUGUCUUUUCCAACGUAUCGUUUUUUCUAUCAUCCAUUUCUUGGUACCAAGUUUUGGUUGGUAUCUUCAAUGGGAUGGCAGUGUUCAAUCCUUGAACGCAAAGCCAAGAAUUGGUCGACCACGCACAUUAACAAGCGAAGAAGUGGAACGUUAUGUAUUGGAUUUUGUUAAAACGAUGAAUGAUCAGUAUAAACCCGUUGAUUACAAGAUGGUACAAACACAUGUUGAAGUUUCAUUGAAUCGAAAAGUACCACUAGCAACGAUCAAGAGAUACGGCAAAAUGGAAUGUGGUAUCAAUAUCAAAGACAGAAAAACUCAUGAAAUAACAUGUCGUGAUGUUGAUGAAGAUCAUUGGAAUGAAGUUGGAAAAUUUCGAAAAUUUUUACAGCGAAUUAGCAAUGAUCGAUUGAUAUUUCUCGAUGAAAUAGCCGUCUAUGGUACAAUGCCUCCUCUUCGAACGCUUGUCGCUCCUGAACAUCAAUCUUUCAUUAUUGUUGAUAAACCAGCAGCUUAUGCUGAUCGCUUUGAUUUCAUCGGUGCUAUUAAUGGAUCGAAACCAAUAGCUUGUAUGACUUUAACUCCUGCUGAUCGCAAAGCUAAAAAUAUCCAAGGUGUAAGAAAAGAAGUUAUAAAUGAAUGGAUUGUUAAAUCUUUGGCACCAGUCAUUAAUCGAUUAAAUAUCCAUGACAUGCAUUUGGUUUGUGAUAAAAGCCGAUCGCAUAAUAAGGCAGAUAUGAUGCAAGCAUUUAUGAUGGGAAAGUGUAAAUCAGUUAUAGAUGUUCAUCAUAUGCCAACAGCAUCAGCGAAAUACAUAUCUCCAUUAGAUAAUCCAAUUUGGCAUUCAUUUAGAGAAACUGUUCGAAAACAGCAUCCAUUGACAACAUCGAAUACUUCAAUACAUCAAUACUUUCACGGACUUUUUUUUCAUUGUCAAAAGAUCAAAUCAGUUGUGCCUAUCAAUCCUCGUGACGAGGUUAGGAAAGCCAAGGGCGAAAGAAAGGUAUGGCGAUUAUGCGGUUUGUCAAUCUAUGAAAUUCUGAGUAUAAUAACGAGUGCCGGUGUCUCGAUAGCCCUUGGUGUUUAUACAUUUGUCAGCUCGGCUGAAGAUCAAAAGACAAGUGAGAAAAAUCGACAAGCUGAUCUGGAUACUGCGCGUUUGUUGAGACAACAGCAACUGUACGAUGGAUUUAUUACUGAGAUGUAUAGAUUACACAGACAUGGUGAACUAAGUACAGAAGCAAUUCCAUGGGUAUUUGCUAAUGCACGCUAUAGAGCUGCACAUUCACAAUUCGAUGCAGAACGUCAAGAACUCUGUCUUAUAUUUCUAAAAGAACGUAGAUUAAUUGGAAUAAAUGAAAAAGUCAUUGACCCAACUGCUUCUCUUAGUCUUCGUCAAACAUUCAUUCUUUCGUCUAAAUAUCCGUCACACCUAAUCAGAUUGGAUGGACUAAACUUUGAUAACCUUCAGCUAAAAAGCUACACUCCAAAUAUAUUUAAAUUAGACAUGCAAGGUGUCAAGUUCGACAAAGUACGUCUCUUGAACACAUCCUUUGAUCAUGUUGACCUUACAAAUGCAACUUUCGAAGGAUCUGGUAUUGAACAGACGAACUUUGUUCAAUCAUCUUUAGUCGAAACAGAAUUUAAUGGCACAAAUUUGACGCAAACCAGUUUUGCCGGUUGUGACUUACAUCGAGUUGAAUUCAAUGACGCUAUACUUCAUCACAUAAACUUUCGAAAGUCUGAUCUAAGCGGUGCACAGUUUGUCAGAUCGAAUGUUACAACCGUUGAUUUUAGCGAAGUACAGUUACAGGAUGUAUUGUUUAGUGAUACAAAACUGACAAACUCAAACUUUGGUACAGCGGUUUUCGUAAACGUGACUUUUAAGAAUGUAGUUUUUGAAAACACACCGCUUACACAAGAACAAAUGAAUUCGGCAGUGAUACUGGGAAGCACAACACCUGUGCCAACUACAGGUUAG